CGUAGGUAACUGACGUAUCAUCCGGGUCUGCUAUAUAAACGCUCGCGCCACGCCACAGCCCUUCAGUGAUGAUGUUCCUGCCUCGCCUCGCGUGCGCUCCUGUGGAAGGGGGGCUGUAGGGGACCGCAGCUUCUUCCACUUUGGCGCCCCGCGUUCCCCACGAGAUGGAGGAAGAACACAACCUGUCUUCAUUAUUUCAGAACGACAGUGGCUUCUAUUACCAAAACGACACGGUGGCUGUGUCUGCCAAGGUUCCUCUGAGUUACCAGGUGUCCACGUCUCUACUGAUCGGCGCGCUGAUCCUCUGCUCCGUCUUUGGAAACGCGUGCGUCGUGGCGGCCAUCGCGUUGGAGAGGUCACUGCAGAAUGUGGCCAACUACCUGAUCGGCUCGCUCGCCAUUACGGACCUCAUGGUGUCUGUGCUCGUGCUGCCGAUGGCGUGCCUCUACCAAGUUCUGGACAAGUGGACCCUCGGGCAGGUGACCUGCGACAUCUUCAUCUCUUUGGACAUCCUGUGCUGCACGUCCUCGAUCCUGCACCUGUGCGCAAUAGCUCUGGACAGAUACUGGGCCAUCACUGACCCUAUCGACUACAUGAAGAAACGGACACUCAAGCGAGCCGCCGUGUUGAUCAGCGUCACCUGGCUGGUGGGCUUCUCCAUAUCCAUCCCACCCAUGCUGAUCAUGAAGUCGCAGCCCAAGAGCAAGGCGGAAGACAUCGCCAACCCCGAGGCGUGCACCAUCAGCCACGAUCCGUGGUACACCAUCUACUCGACCUUCGGCGCCUUCUACAUCCCGCUCAUCCUCAUGCUCGUGCUCUACGGACGCAUCUUCAAAGCCGCGCGCUUCCGCAUCCGCAAGACGGUGAGGAAAUCGGAGAAGGUGAAGUGCCUGACCGUGUCGCCGGCUCUCUUGAAGAAGUCCAACGGCGAGCUGAAGAGCUGGAGGAGCAGCGUGGAGCCCAAACCGGACGCGUGCGCCAACGGCGCGGCGAAGCGCGCGGACGACGGCGAGUCUUUGGAGAUCGUGGAGGUGCAGGGCGCGAAAAGCACGCUGCCUCUGCCCAGCGCGCCCAGCCAGGUGCCGCUGUUCGAGAACAGGCACGAGAAGAACACGGAGGCCAAGAGGAAGCUCGCCCUGGCGCGCGAGCGCAAAACGGUGAAGACGCUGGGCAUCAUCAUGGGCACGUUCAUCCUCUGCUGGCUGCCGUUCUUCAUCAAAGCGCUCGUGAUGCCCUUCUGCCCCUCGUGCCAGAUGCCCGUGUGGCUCAGGGACGUGAUCAACUGGCUGGGCUACUCCAACUCCCUCCUGAACCCCAUCAUAUACGCCUACUUCAACAAGGACUUCCAGAGCGCCUUCAAGAAGAUCAUCAAAUGCCAUUUCUGCAGACCCUGAACGCUGCAGCCCCCUUCUCUGUAAAUCAGUUUGGACUGAACGUCGUCAUUGACUUGCUGCGAACAGGUUGUUCAAACAGACCUCGGUGAGUUGACAGAGGUGAUGAUGGGGGGAGAAAAAAUCUGCGUACAGUAUUAUCUCAGUGUACUCAACUGUGGAAGAGGUCGUUAUGUAUUAUACAUUAUAUUGUUUCUAUUUUCAGAAAAAGGUGUAUAAUACUGUGUAUAUGAUGCAGAGGAACAACAUGUACCACUCAUGUCCAUUUGAAACAUGAAUGUGUUCAUGCUGUUGAAUAAACUGGUUCUGAACUGA